AUGGAGGCGGACGUGCUGAAUGCGCUCAACACCCAAACCGCGUACAUGCCGGGCGGGCGAGAUCGUGAUGGACAUCCGCUCGUUGUUAUACCGGUACCGUUCUACGAUAAUCUGCCCUGGAUGAAGGGGUUCCUCGAGACGACGGUCAAGUACCUGUUGGCCAGCUUAAGCUCCGAAACGGUCAGCAGCGGACUGGCCGUCAUUCUCGACGCUCAGAAGUGCACGUGGCGUUCCACCAGGCAGUACAUUCGCCACGUUCAGCAGCUGCUUGGGGUGCACAUGAACAGCUUUCUCGUGAUACGACCGGAUGCGUUCUGGGACAAGAAUCGGGUGGAAAAUUGUGCCCGGCAACACCGCAAAGGCGAGCCAACGAUCAUCUCAAAGUCCCGGUUGGUGAAAUACUUUGACACCAGCGAGCUACCGGAGGAGCUUGGCGGCAUUAUCGCUUACAACCACGAACAGUGGAUACAAUCGCGCGAGCGCAUCGAAGAAUUCCGAAAAUCCUACGACAAAGCCAUGGGCGACCUAGAAAACCUGCACCUCAUCCUGCUGGACAACCGGACGGUUCGGGCGAGCGAAUCGAAGGCGGCCCUCAAAUCUUGCCAGCAGCUGAACGCGGAUGUGCAGAAAUUUCUCUCCCUCGUCAUGGAUGGCGGCAAAAAGCUGCUCGCUCAUCUAAGUGAUCUCCACAGCGCAAAGUCGGCGGUGGCUCAAGACCUCACCGACGGUAAGCUGCAAGUCGAGCGGAUGCUGAACGCGCUCGAUCGCAAACAAACCACCGCUAACCAGGCGUGGACGGAGCUCGAACGGACGGUUGAAGUGCUGCAAGAGUUGGCCACCCUCGAGGAGGGUGUAUCACACGUCACCAGCUGGAUCCUCACCACAGCCGAGUCGAUGUUGAAUGCGCAACUUCGUGUGGGCCAUGACGUUGGAACGGCCGAUCAGUUGCGGCUGGAGCACGAGAUCCUUGAGCUGCAGUGCUGGCAAACGUAUGGGUGUUACGCCGAGUUGUUGCACAAGAUUGAUCACUUUCCGCGGCGGAAGGAUACGGCUGCUUAUCGGGAUCUGUUGUCACAGCGCGAGUGGAUGGAUUUUGUGUGUCGAAGUUUCGCGCAGCGGCUUGAGCGACGGCGAAAUGUGCUCAUCACGUCGGUGCGGUUUUUUAGGUUGGUGGCAGAGUACUUCGAUAGGACGAGCGAAGUCUUCCAGUCACUCAUCAUGGGCGAACGAGUCGAGGAUUAUGCGCUAGCUAGCACUAACCUGCAAAAGCUGAAUGACAAUCAACUAAUGCUUGAAAUGAUGGAAAAAGAGAUCAUCAAAGAGGGCGAAAAGCUAAGCGAUGUUCUGUUGAUGCCAGUAAAGGACGCCGUCGGACGAGACAUCGAUGUCGACUACAGCGAGGACAUCGGGAACGUACGCGACAUCCUAGACGCGACCCGAUCCCGAUCACGCAUCUUCGCUGACAGCGUGGAACUGCAGAAGCUCACCCUCGAUCAAAUCACGCACAUCUUCAAGUACGAACAGGACGCACGCACCGCCGUCAAAUGGAUGGGUGAUCUCCAGCAGGUGAUGCUUCGCUCCCACACGCACGUCGGUGCGAGCGUGCGCGAGAUCCAGAGCCAAAAGGACGAACACCAGACGCUUCAGGAGACAGCUAAAGGCACGUACAAUUACGGGUGUCAGCUGUUGAACGCGUCACUCGCCCUACGCCAAUCCUGCAAGCUCGAAACAGCGGACAACAUCGCGAUGACGAAAUCGCUCCAGUGCACGUGGCGAUCCUUUCAGGCCGUUGCGCAGGAGCAGAUGACGCGAUUGCGCGUGUCAGCCGUAUUUCACCGCAGCGUCGAGGAGCAGUGCGUGAAGUUACGCGAACUGCACGAGUGCGUGCUGCGUAUUGGUGAGAUCACGGAGCAGACACGCCGCCGGACACGGCUGCGUAAGUAUCUUGCGACCCGCGAACGGUUGCUGCUUGAGGUUGGCCGGAUGGUGCGGCUUGGUCGGCUGCUUAAAACGAGACUGAAGGAACCGUUUCUUCUGGACGACCGGCUCGACGCGAUGGCCAGUCCGGAGAAUAUCGUCGCCGAAAGUGAUAACAUUAUGGCGUGCGAGGCGAUCUCGACCCGCCUAGCGGAGGUCGCUCAGGUGGCGGAAUCGUUAGACAGCGUGUUGAGCGACGUGCAGGGUGGUUUCGAUGAUGAGGUUGAAGAGAUCACGAGCGCAAACGUGGCGCCAGAAGUUGCCAGCAAGCGAGCCGAUAGUGGAAAUCAGAGUGACGAUUGGAGCUCGAGUGUUAAGUCAACGGACGAUGGAUCGUUUGUGACGGCGUCGGAUUGCAUCUGCACGCCCCAGUCACGAUCGUCCUCGUACCAUACCGCGUCGGAGUGUCGUGCAUCACCCUGGUGGGGCGUGGAAUCAAUCGAAAGGCAGAGCUCGCUGGAGAACGACUCCGCGGAAGAUCCAGACCCGGAAGCGUUCCCUUCGAUCAAGCUGCUGUCAGGGGUGGUGAUGACUUCAAGUGCGAAUCUAUCGUUCGACGAAUCGGAGCAUAGUUUCCCAACGCCUGCCAAUUCGCACGGAUCAGCUAGCGUGGAUUCACAUCCGGAUUCAGAUGACACCGUGCCGACGGUUUGUUCGCAACCAAGCCCUAUUGGCACCAGUUCAGCUUCUAGUUCAGCGCUCAACUCGAUCAACCGCCGGGAAAAUCUUGCCCUCUCACUAACCCCUGAAGAGCUGGAGCAGAUCGAGAAUGACAUCCGCAACAACAACCUGCUCGCUGCGGUUGGUUCAGCCGUCAACAAAGAACUGCAGAGUACGCAGGUGACACCGACAAGCGAAGACAGCGGCAACGUGAGUACCAGUAGCGUUAAGCUAGAUCCGGAGGAUACCGUCCGUUUCGAACCGGUCAAGGGCCCAACGGACAUCUCGGGCCUUACGUACUACUAUCAGAACAUCAUCACCAAGCAUACGGUGAAGAGUUGUCUCUGA